AUGACACACCACCGAUCAAGACACGUCUUACCAGCACCAUUGUCCCCGCAUCUGCUUUGCAUCCUGGCACUGUUGCUCAGUGCUGUUCUCCUAGAGAAAGUGCUUAGCAGUGAGGUGUCAAAUGGAGCUGGCAGUGAUCUAUCAAGCAACUCCACCGGUGGAUCUGGGAUUGAGUCGGCAAGCAGAUCAUGUAACUUGACCAGCGCAUCGGGGCGUGAAGCAGUACGUGAUUCAGCUGGAGACUCUGGAAGUGGAUCUGGCGGUGUGUCAGCCAGAGGAUCAGCAAGCCAUCGGUUUGAUUUAUCCGGGAGUGGAUCAUCUCUUGCUUCUUCGUCUACAUUUGUCAGCUCCUCUUCUUCUGGUAGUGAUACUUCUGGUGAUGAUAGUUCAAGUUCAGCACAACAGUUUCCCAGUGGAGAUAGUGGUGAAUCAGCCUAUACCCUUGCCACUGGCUCUGCAGACCUGUCGGCAAGUGGCUCAGCCGUGUCUUCUGCAAGCGGCAGUUCUGGUCGUGCCAGUGAUGGUAGCGAGGUGAAUCUGUCGGGAAGUGGAGAAAUCCCUGGCUCCUCCAUGAGUGGUGUCAGCACUGACUCCGGAAAUGCAAUGGAUAGCAGUGGGUCUGCGUCGGAGUCCUCCGCGGUCUCAUUAAGCAGCUUCGGGAGUGCGUCGGGACUUGGAUCCGCUAAUGCAUCUACCACGCUGUCUGGGAGUGGAGUUUACAAUGGUCAGGCCAGCAUCCGCAUCAGCGGGUCUGGAAAUACAGCCAGUGGGUCUGCUGCAAGCUUCCCUGGUCUCAUCACCUGCUCUUCUGACGGCUAUGUAAAGUGUUUAUCCGGCCCGGAUGACUUGAUCUACUGCUUCUCUGAUGGAUUGAUCAGCUGCUCCGCGAGUAGAUUUAUCACUUGCUCGUCGGAUGAAACUGCCUUUGGGAAGGAUAGUGGCUCCGGAAGUGACUCUGGUAUCGGCUCAAACCUGGAAUCCAGCAGCAGUGCCAGCUCUGACUCAGGAAGUAGCCUCCUCAGUGGCUCUGGCGUUGGAUCUAUUCUGGAGACUAGCGUUGUUAGCAGUCUUGGUUCAGGCAGUAGCUCUGGCAGGGACUCUGGGAGCCCAGUUAGUGGUUUCCAAAGUGGAUCAGCAGUGGGUUCAGCUUCGUCAGCUUCCGCUAAUGAGUCUUUUUCAGGUAUUUCUGUGAGUGGUUCCUCCCGUAUGUCCAUUAGCGGUACGCAACAAUCGGGUAGUGGUUCAGCAGACAUCAAUAGGGUAUCAAGCGAUGACAUCACAUCAAAUAGUGAUGUCACCAGCGGAUCAAGUGAUGAUGUCAUCAGUGGAUCAAGUGAUGACGCCACCGGCGGAUCAAGUGAUGACGCCACCGGUGGAUCAAGUGAUGAUAUCACCAGUGGAUCAAGUGGUGAUGUCAGCAAUGAAACAAGUGCAGACGCCGGCAGCUCAUCAAAUGACAGUACUGGCAGCUCAACCAGCAAUGGCAGUUCAAGUGAAGAUGUCCAGAGGCCAUCAGGAGAUGAUGAAAGCAGCAAAUCAAGUAGCAAUUUCAGCAGUGAAUCAAGCAAUGACGCGAACAGUGAUUCAAGCAAUGACAUAAUCAGUGGAUCAGGUGGUCACGCAGGCAGUGGAAUGAUGCCAUCAACUAAUGCUAACACCAGUGAACUAGAAGAUUACAACAGCACCAGUGAACCAGGAGAUCACAUCAGCCCCAGUGAACCAGGAGAUCACAACAGCACCAGUGAACCAGGUGAGGACGUCACCAGUGAACCGGGUGAUGACGUCACCAGUGAACCAGGUGAUGCCGUUACCAGUGAACCAAAUGACGGCACCAGCAAUGGAUCAAACGAUAAUGUGAGCAGUGAAACAAGUGCAGAGCAUGGUAUGAAUCUUACAGCAACCUCCAGCAGUGAAUCUGGGACCGACAGCACAUCCCCAACCGAUGUCUUUGCUGUCCCUGAGCGUAAUUCUUCGAUGGGAUCUUCCAGCGGAUAUGACAGCAUAACAUCAAUCACGUCCUCACAAGCCACAGGCACUGACGGACAAUUCACCACCAGAGACACAUCUGCACCACCACCACCACCACCACCACCGGCAUCACCUUCACCCGGCACAGCACCAAACCUCACCAUGGUGCUCACGCCUCGGCAUAGCAAUGCGAAGAUCGUUGGACUCAGUCUCAGCUUAACUGUUCUUGCGGUCGGUGCCGGGAUCUUAGCCAUGAUUAUCGUCAGCCGACGGAGGACCUCCCGCCGCCCUGCGUCUUCCUUCGAUCAGGAAGUAGCCGUGCACAUCUUCCCGAAUAACUUUACGUUUAACCGACAGAAAGAUCAGGUCAUGCUGGAAAUGAAACACUUCCUACAGCCUCCAUCCGGUCUGUCACGUGAGCCCUACGUCAACGAGUCAGUCAUUAUAUAA